AACCAAGCCCCCAGCACACCCAACUCCCCAGAAAGGCUCCAAACAAAAGGACACAACCAGCCAUGUCCCGAAUCCUCAUCACCGGCUCCGCCGACGGCCUCGGAGCCCUAGCAGCCCGAGACCUCCAAACCCGCGGCCACAAAGUCUACCUCCACGCCCGCUCCGCCCAGCGCGCCAAAGACGCCAUGGCCUCCUGCCCGGGCGCCCAACAAUGUCUCAUCGCAGACCUCAGCUCCCUCUCCGACGUCAAGACCCUCGCCAGCGACCUCAAAUCCCUAGGUCCCUGGGAUGCCAUCGUGCACUCCGCCGGCGUCAUGCACGGCCAAAGCGGCAAGACAACGGCGGAAAGCUGGGGCACGAUCUUCGCCACGAACACCGUCGCGCCGUACGUAAUCACCAGCAUCGUCGGCGGCGCGUGUCGGCGCUACGUGUUUCUGAGCUCGAGCAUGGAGAGUAGUGGGGACCCCAUGUUGCGCGGGAUCGAGAGCUGCUCGUAUAGUGAUAGCAAGCUGCAUAAUAUCAUGCUGGCGAGCUAUUUCGCGCGUGUGCUGAAGGGGGCUGGAGUGGAGGAGAGUAAUGCGCUGGAUCCGGGGUGGGUGCCGACGGCGAUGGGAGGGAGAGGGGCGCCGGGGAGCUUGGAUGGGGCUGUUGAGACGUAUAGGCGGUUGGCGGAGGGUGCGGGGAGUACGGGUGGGUUCUGGAGACCGUAUGCGAAGAAGGGGAGUCCGGUGCAUGGGAAAGAGGCUUUUGAUGAGGGCGUACAGGGGAGAUUGGUCGGGGAGCUGGCGCGGCUGACUGGGGUUGAGCUCGCUGGUUGA